AUUGGCCGGCGGAUGUGUCGCUCAUCUCUGCCUCCUUUUCCUUGCUAGUUGCUGCUGCUGAUGCUCUUCUUUCCCUGCUGAGCCUCCAAAAGGAAGGAAGGAAGGAAAAAAGGAAAGGCAAGGAGGUCUCUCCUGCUGCAGGUCUAUGGAGAGGAGCUCCUUGCUGCAGCUCAUCCAGGAGCAGCUCGACCCCGACAACACGGGCUUCAUUGGCGUGGAGACCUUUGCCAGCCUGGUGCACAGCCAUGAACUGGCCCUGGACCCGGCCAAGCUGGAGAUGCUGGUGGCGCUGGCCCAGAGCAACGACGAGGGACAGAUCUGCUACCAGGAGCUGGUAGACCUGGUCAGUGGCAUCAGCAGCAAGCGGUCCAGCAGCUUCAAGAGGGCCAUCGCCAACGGACAACGGGCACUGCCCCGCGACGGGCUCCUGGACGAGACCGGGCUGGGCUUCUACAAGCGCUUUGUGCGCUACGUGGCCUACGAGAUCCUGCCCUGUGAGAUGGACCGGCGGUGGUACUUCUACCAGCACCGUGCCUGCCCACCACCGGUCUUCAUGGCAGUGGUCACCUUAACCCAGAUCAUUGUUUUCCUCUGCUACGGAGCCCGGCUGAACAAGUGGGUGCUGCAGACGUACCACCCGGAGUACAUGAAGAGCCCCCUCGUCUAUCACCCGGGGCACCGAGCCCGGGCCUGGAGGUUCCUCACUUACAUGUUUAUGCAUGUUGGGUUGGAACAGCUGGGCUUCAAUGCGCUCCUUCAGCUGAUGAUCGGGGUUCCCUUGGAGAUGGUCCACGGCGUCCUCCGCAUCAGCUUCCUCUACCUGGCCGGCGUCCUGGCAGGUUCCUUGACGGUCUCCAUCACCGACAUGCGAGCGCCUUUGGUCGGGGGCUCCGGGGGUGUCUAUGCCCUCUGCUCGGCUCACCUGGCCAACGUCGUGAUGAACUGGGCAGGAAUGCGAUGUCCAUAUAAGCUGCUCCGCAUGGUGCUGGCAUUGGUGUGCAUGAGCUCCGAGGUGGGCCGAGCCGUGUGGCUGCGCUUCUCUCCCCCGCUGCCCUCCUCGGGGCCGCAGCCGAGCUUCAUGGCUCACCUGGCCGGGGCCAUCGUGGGCAUCAGCAUGGGCCUGACCAUCCUGCGCAGCUACGAGGAGAACCUCCAGGACCAGUGCGGCUGGUGGGUGGUCCUCCUCUCCUACGCCACCUUCCUGGUCUUCGCCGUCUUCUGGAACAUCUUCGCCUACGACCUCCUAGGGCCCAGGUCCCGCCCCCCCCUUAGCCCCGCGCCCGGCCCCGGUUCCUUCUGCAACACGUACUUACUCGCCCUGGAAGUGCCCACAAUUGCAGACACGGCUGGGGAGGGAGAGGGGAGGGGAGGGCAGGCGGGGCUGGCUUGGCGCCCCCAGAGCGCAUGACGCCGGUCGCCUCUCUGGAACGACGUUUCCGCCGGAGAAACACCUGCAGGAGGCCAAAAAACAACCUGUGUUCGGCUCCUGUGGGGAAGCCAGACAGUCGCAUGGACAGGAAUGAACCAGUGAGCCCUUCCUUCCCGGAAACUCUUUGUAUGCUGAACCUCACCUGCUGAACAGGUGCUGCUUGGUUCCUCGAGACCGUUUUCUUUAGCAAAGGUGUGCUCACUUAUUCCCCUAUAUCUGUUCUGGGGAGCGGGCCGACAGCGCGAGAUUCUCCUUUAUUUAGCUUUUGUGGACUUUUGAUCUACAAACGGCAUCCCAUUUAAUCCCUGCCCCACCCAGACCUGCUUAGCACCCUGCAGAUCGAAAUUCCAUAGAAUCCUAGAGUUGCCAACUUGAGUGGCCCAUAAAUAGGUCUUUGCUUCCUAUUUAUUUAUUUAUUUAUUUAUUUACAGCUCUAAGAUACAUUUUGGCGGAAGCCCCGCCCACUCCCCAUGAAGGUAUAUAGCCAGUGGGAGGGGCUACCGCCUUAGUUCCUUUUGUCCGCCGCUUUAUUUAUUUAUUUAUUUAUUUAAGUAUUUAUAUUACACCCUUCUUUCUCACCCCAAAGAGGACUCAGGGCGGAUUACAAUGAACACAUAUAUGGCAAACAUUCAGUGCCAACAGACAAACAACAUACAGUAUAGACAGACACAGAGGCAUUUAACAUUUUUUUCCAGCUUCACGAUUCCGGCCACAGGGGGAGCUGUUGCUUCACUGUCCACUGGUGGCUGUACUUCCUCAUUCCUUUCCUCGUGUUUUGCUGGCAGUUUUUAUGAUGUUGUAAAUUAGUUAAAUUAGCCUCCCGCAUAAAGCGUACCUAAAUUUCCCUACUUGACAGGUGCAACUGUCUUUCGGGGCUGCAUAGGUCAACAGCAAGCCAGGCUAUUUAAUGGUCGGCCCGGGCUUCGAACUCAUGACCUCUCGGUCAGUAGUGAUUUAUUGCAGCUGGUUACUAGCCAGCUGCGCCACAGCGCGCUUGGAUUCUGUGAGCUUCCAGUGGCAGCUAGUCUUCCCUUCCCUGUGUCUCAGUUCCUCAAGAAAGAGGUCAUAAUCCAUAGUUUGGGAAGAGUCAUGGGUUCUUCUCCCUUUGGGUUUCUAGUAGGCAUGUCCGAUCGACAUGGUUGCGCUGGUUGCGCUGUGAGACAAUGUCUCGGAAUGCGUAUCAAAAAGCGAGAACAAUCCGAAAUAAUUCCGAUAUACGAUUCAAAACGAUUUUUUGGACAUGUCUAGUUUCUAGUCUAUAAAGACGGGACCAUGUGUUGUUCCAUGGCUCGGUCGCAGGGUGCCAGCUUUGCACGCACAAGAUCCUGGGCUUCAUCCACAACCCAUGGAGAGUCACUGCCAGUCACUGUCGAGUCCAAUACCAACGGUAUCAUUCAGUCCCAAAGCACUUUCCGGCGUCCGUUGAUGUGCUCCAGAUACUCUAGCCUUAAUGCAGAAUCCCAGACGAACCUUGGGUCUCGGGGUCUCUGCGACAUCAAAUGGAGCCUCCCUUCCGCCUCCUUUUUGUAGGUCUUGAUGGAAUCGCGACUGAACAAUCAAUCCUGUGUCGGACGACAUGCUGGGCCUUUCUAGAUAAGGGUUUGGUCGAGGUCAGGGAUGGCCGAGGUCUCGAAUCUCAGGUGGGUGGGAGAGUUUGCAUGGGGUGAGCAUGGUGGUCCUCCGUGUUGUGUUCAGGUCGAGGGUCGAGGGUGGGGAAGGGUUCUGAAGCUCUACAAUCAUACAUGCACUUUGGAGUUCGGGAGAGAAAAAAGAGAGAGCAAUCACGUUCGGGACUUUGUAUACCAAAGAGAGGACCACUGGAACACAUCCGUGGCCUAGAGGAGCUCCAGGCUUUUCCAUGAGAAGUAUUGUCUCACUCGGGUGUGCGGUCAGUCCAGGUGUCACUUCUGCUACAAAGCAAAGUUGGGGUGCUUCUUGGCAAGGGGGUUGGACUGGAUGGCCCAUGAGGUCUCUUCCAACUCUGCUAUUCUAUGAUUCUAUGUUCCAUGUGCAGGAUUGGCACGUGUCUCCAUAACGCUGUGGCAGAGAAGUUACUUUGAAUGGCGGAAGUCCUCAGUACCUCCAGGGUCCCAUUCACCCUGCAGAACGGUAGCGUUGUCCAUCCAUUUUAACUCUCAUGGUUCCAUCGAAUGGAAUCCAGGAACUGGCUGUUUUGCUGUAGUCAGGUGUCUUCAGGGAGUUUCUGACAGGAUGAUCCUAAGGGUUUUCUGGGCUGAGAGUGUGUGACUUGGUGCCAUUCAGUGCACUGAGACCAGGUUUAUGGAAGAGCAUUUAGCCAAUGACCAACUAAGGUCAAGGUUUCCCCUGACGUUAAGUCCAGUCAUGCCUGACUCUGGGGGUUGGUGCUCAUCUCCAUUUCUAAGCCGAAGAACCGGCGUUGUCCGUAGACACCUCCAAGGUCAUGUGGCCAUAGGCAUGACUGCAUGGAGCGCUGUUAGCCUCCCGCCGGAGCAGUACCUAUUGAUCUACUCACACUCUGGGGGUUGGUGCUCAUCUCCAUUUCUAAGCUGCAGAACCGGUGUUGUCCGUAGACACCUCCAAGGUCAUGUGGCCAUAGGCAUGACUGCAUGGAGCGCUGUUAGCCUCCCGCCGGAGCAGUACCUAUUGAUCUACUCACACUCUGGGGGUUGGUGCUCAUCUCCAUUUCUAAGCUGCAGAACCGGUGUUGUCCGUAGACACCUCCAAGGUCAUGUGGCCAUAGGCAUGACUGCAUGGAGCGCUGUUAGCCUCCCGCCGGAGCAGUACCUAUUGAUCUACUCACACUCUGGGGGUUGGUGCUCAUCUCCAUUUCUAAGCUGCAGAACCGGUGUUGUCCGUAGACACCUCCAAGGUCAUGUGGCCAUAGGCAUGACUGCAUGGAGCGCUGUUAGCCUCCCGCCGGAGCAGUACCUAUUGAUCUACUCACACUCUGGGGGUUGGUGCUCUUCUCCAUUUCUAAGCUGCAGAACCGGUGUUGUCCGUAGACACCUCCAAGGUCAGGUGGCCAUAGGCAUGACUGCAUGGAGCGCUGUUAGCCUCCUGCCAGAGCAGUACCUAUUGAUCUACUCACACUCUGGGGGUUGGUGCUCUUCUCCAUUUCUAAGCUGCAGAACCGGUGUUGUCCGUAGACACCUCCAAGGUCAUGUGGCCAUAGGCAUGACUGCAUGGAGCGCUGUUAGCCUCCCGCCGGAGCAGUACCUAUUGAUCUACUCACACUCUGGGGGUUGGUGCUCAUCUCCAUUUCUAAGCCGAAGAGCCAGCGUUGUCCGUAGACACCUCCAAGGUCAUGUGGCCAUAGGCAUGACUGCAUGGAGCGCUGUUAACUUCCCACAGCAUAUGCGGCAUAUGACUACUGACAAAUGGCGCAGGCUUAAACACGGAGUGGAGCAAACUGGGAGGGCAGGGAGGCAGAACGUCUGGAAAGCAAAUGCACUACCCAAAUCUGCAAUGUGAGGGGGGACGGGAAAGAAAUACGAAUAAAUAUUUUGCACACCUGC